AUGACGAUCACUCUUGAUGAUGUUUCCACUUUACUUCAUCUCCCGGUGAUGGGACAGUUAUGCGAUUUNGAGGAGUUGGAGUUUGAGGAGGCUCGUACAGCCCUCGNAGACCNGCUUGGCGUUGACGGUGGNACAGCUGGUGCUGAGAUGGAGGAUGCACGUGGUACGAAAGUCAGACUCAGCUGGCUGAGAGACAUAUAUGUUCAGAGGUGUCAGUCGCAGGAUUGGGACUAUGCUGCCAGAGCAUAUCUGUUGCAUCUAGGCGUUGCUGCACUUGCCCAUUUGUACGAGCAGCUUGGGGAUUCCAGUCUAGCUUCCACGAAGCAGAUGGCUGGAUAUCUGACUCUUUUCCAGAGUUGGAUAUACGAGCAUUUCCCUAGCAUGGGAAGGAGGCGGUUGGUGUCUUCUUAUGAUGACACCACACCACGUGCGACUAGGUGGCAGAGCCUUCGGCAGAGUUCGACUCUUGCAGAAAUCCGGUCGCAGUUGGAUGGCCUGACAUAUGGUGGAGUUCUAUGGCAUCCAUACGAGGGACAUCGGGGCAUUCGUCCAUUAUUCGGAAUUUGUAUGUAUUCUGGAUGGAUUCGGAUUGGUGACACCCUUUCCCGUCAUUUGCCUGAGCGUGUGAUGAGGCAGUUUGGAUUUUACCAGGAGAUUCCACGACCACCCACUGUCAUUGCAGAUGCAAAAUCAACAACGUCCACAAUGAAGGGGUGA